AUUAUUAAUUGUUUGAUGCUCGUGUUUGCUUUCUACAGAAGCUCAGCAGUCAGAUGUGACAAAUGUUCAAAUGUUUUGAGGAUUACCUUCAGGCCUGCCAUUAUUCACCAGUAUUCAUCAACACUUGGGUAUUUGGAUCUAGAAGGAUGGCAUCCUUUCGACCUGAUCAUGACAGAAAUGCAGCUUACUGCUGGAUGCCUUGCAUGCUCCUCUGAGACAAGCAUAAAAGGACCCCAUUAUGGAACAAACCAAGUAUGGUGUGGUAAAUGUCACCAAAAGCUUGCCUUCAAGGUGGAAUCGACAAGAUUCUUUGAACUCACACCCACUGGUGUACAAGGUGUGUAAUGUUUGUAAUAUAUC